AUGGACUCCGACUCGUACCUCGAAGGCUGGGCCGCCACAGCCGACCAGAUUAUCGCAGACUGCUCAUCAGGGGGGUCUAUACCGAGCAAACCUAUCACAACGUCUGGCUUGCAGCCAAAAAUUGCCAUUCCCGAUCUGGGCUCCAUUAGUAACAAAGCAAACUUGUCUUGGCUUUCUCCUCGCCUUCAGCAAACAGUCUAUCAACGAAUAAGCGUCACGCUUCAAUACCUUGGCGAUAAGAUGCUGAAGACAUUCAGAUCGACUACAUCUGGCCUGCUAUCACAAGAGUUGCUGGGAGGCUUGAGCGACAAGGAGAUAGAAUUAUGGGUGGCUCAAGUGUUCGAACAAUACUAUCGCAGAGAGUCCGACAGAUUUCUCAAUAGGGUGGCAGAUAUGGAUGCGCUCAACACACUCGAAGCUGCCUACGAGCGCUGCCCAGUCUUGUCUCCAGCCGAGACAAACCUCGUCGCGUCGGCCGCCGGUAUAACUCCUCAGCAGGUUCGCACAUGGUUCCAGAACAAACGGAAUCGAGGCAAGAAACUGGGCGGUGGCAAGCCCGCCAAGCCGUCCUCGGGUCCCCGACUCGUCGCCUCUCUCCCCAAACGCGUCCCCCGACAACCAUCCUGCAGCUACUCCGCCUCCCCCGAGCCUCUUAAUACUAUCAAUGACACUCCUACUCGUCGUCCCGUCCGGGAUCUUCCUCGUCGCGCGCACACCCAACGUCGAACCUCCUUCGACCCCUCCACCGAGAUCACCCCUGAACCUUCCCUCGUCGACGGCGACUCCAACUCCGUCUUCUCCCCCGCCACCCUCUCCCCCGGCUCUUCCUGCGGCUCUAUCGCGUCCAAUGGCGGGUUUAUCUCCCCAUUCAGCAUGCACAUGGCCCAACAGCAAGGCCAAGAGGGUGGGAGGCAAGAGACGCAGAUCAAUAUCUGCUGGGACCAGGGUGUGCUGAAUGUACCCUUUGAGGCGCUGAAAAGUAGCGAGGGCGUCCCAAACUUUGAGUUUGUUCCCCCUACGCCGUCUCAAAACAACUGGGGCUCCUUCGACGCUAUAAUUCCCGACGCCUUAUCCUUCCCGGGCAACUUUGGCAUGGACGACCUCAGCCAGAUGUCAUACGGCGGCCAGUUCGACGACGCCUCCCUCGGACUCGACAGCAUCGAGCACAUCCUCAACGAAGCGCUCUCAGACCCCACUGCUUUCGGCGGAUUGACGCUCUCGGGCUCGCCCCAGUUCUCCGAGUCUUCGCCGCUGACGCCAGGGUCGGAGGCGGGUGCUUCGGAGGUGUCGUCGACGACGUUUGUGUCGAAUGGGGUGAAGGGCGGAGAUGGGCUUGAUGGGGAUUUCUUCUCGGUGUUGGAUGGGAUGAUCAGUGCGCCGAGUCCGGUUGGGGAACAUACUUAUCCUAUCUUCUCUCCUCAAGACCGGUCGGUUUCUUCCGCAUCGUCGUCUUCUGCCCUUUCUUUCACCUCUGCGUCUACUGCACCCACUUCCGUCUCCUCGUCUUCGGUGCUCGAGCAAGAGAACCAGUACCAGCACAACCAGUAUACGAAGGGUCUUGAUCUCUUUGUUCCUGUCCAGCACCAGCAUCAACCACGCCAAGGGUCAGGCAGCUUCGACGUGGGAUCAGUAGGGAACGAGAUCGGCCACGCUUGGCAGGGACAGGGAGACUUUGGGGCGCAGCCGCAGCAGGGCCAGAAGCAAGAGGCGAGCAGUUGGGGCUGGACCUCCGGCCUUCUCCCAUUCGACUCGACUCCUUCCCCCUCCGACGAGCACACAUCCAACCCACCAUUCUUCAGCUUCCCCAACUCUCCCAACACUCCACCCUUCUCCCAGCAUACCCCGACUCCCUCUCGUUUGAACUCUGGUGAAUCUCAGGCCUCGCUCUUUGCGCCAAUGGGCCAGGCGGCGGCUUAUGGGUUCAACCCGACGAUGCCGGUGGGGCAGUCUUAUGGCGCGUCUGGCCGAGGGCAGGGGCUGUAA